AUGACUUGGUCAUUGUGUUCAGUCAAAAUGGAAAAUUUUCCCCAUAAUAAUGAUGAAAGAAUGCUAGAGGAGAUGUGUUUGUAUCUUAAAAGGAUAGGUCUUGAAAGGAAGAUGUCAAUAGAAGUCUUGACAUUUGAAGAAGUGGUAGAACGGUUGGAAAAAUUAUGGGUAACAGAUAUGAAUAACCUCGUGAUGAGUAACAGUAAUGACAAUGUAGAUAAUAAUAAGAGCUCUUUGGAUCAAUGCCUUCCUCCUAUCAACAACAUCAAAUAUAUGAUACACAAGGAGAAAUUUUGUGUAAUUUUGUCAUCUAAUGAAGCUAGAUAUACUUCUGCGGGAAGCAAUGGAAAGGUAUUGAUCUGGAUGAAUACUUCCCUCAACAUGAAUCAAAAUCAAGCUGGUGCGAGCAAACUUGUCCAAGAGAUUGAUGCCUCAAAUGAGGUUAUUGAUAUUCUGGAGUUAUGGUUGAAUAAAGCCAAGGAAGCUCAAGAAGUUAAGAAUAAAAUCUUAGUUGUUGAACCAGAUGAUGGAAAAGGCUACAAGAAGAUUCUUAUCAAGAAUAUGACCCUGAAAAUAUAA